CAACGCUCUCCCAGUCUGUUCCUGUCUCAAACUGGUGGAAAUUACUUACUCCGCCACGGGAAAAAUAACCUUUUGACGGACAUUUUUAUUAUUUGCUUUUCUUCUUCUUCUUCUUUUUUACCAUCACUGGUCAGCAGUCAAGAAUGGGAAACUAACGGGCCUUCUCAUGCUGGAGGACCACUGCUCACAUUGACGUUGCAGGAUGAAAGAUGGCAGAGCUGCUUGUGCCACCAGGACCAGACAGCUUCCGCCCCUUCAGCCGCGAGUCCCUCUCUGCCAUCGAGAGACGGAUCGCUGAGGAGAAAGCCAAGAAGCCAAAAGGCGAGAAAGAUAAAGAGAAGGAAAAUGAAAAGGAGAACGAGAGAAAGCGAGAUGAGGACGAACCCAAGCCCAGCCGUGACCUGGAGGCCGGCAAACCCCUGCCUCUUCUGUAUGGCGACGUUCCUAAAGCAAUGGUGUCAACACCACUGGAGGACCUGGAUCCCUACUACAGUAAUCAGAAAACUUUUAUAGUAUUGAACAAGGGGAAGUUCAUCUACCGAUUCAACGCCAGUCCUGCCUUGUACUUCCUGAGCCCCUUUAACCCUCUUAGAAGAAUAUCAAUAAAGAUUUUAGUCCAUUCAUUGUUCAGCAUGGUGAUCAUGUGCACAAUCCUCAUCAACUGUGGGUUCAUGACACAAGAUCGUCUCCCAGAGUGGGCAAAGACUGUAGAAUACACAUUUACUGCCAUCUACACGGCCGAGUCCCUGGUGAAAAUUUUGGCACGAGGCUUCUGCAUAGGGAAGUUCACUUUUCUCAGAGAUCCGUGGAACUGGCUGGAUUUCUCAGUCAUUGUCAUGGCGUAUGUGACUGCAUUUGUAAAUUUAGGCAAUUUAUCAGCUCUUCGGACAUUCAGAGUGCUACGAGCUUUGAAAGCUAUCUCUGUUAUCCCAGGACUGAAGACCAUCGUGGCUGCGUUGUUCCAGUCUGUCAAGAAACUGUCGGACGUGAUGAUACUGACUGUCUUCUGCUUGAGCGUCUUCGCCCUCAUAGGGCUGCAACUUUUUAUGGGCCUUCUGCAGCACAAGUGUGUGCGGUGGCCCCUCAAUGAGGACCUUGUCCAACAGUUGAAUAUAUCUCAAGAGAUUUUCCACAAUUUAAGCGUUUUUAUAGAGUAUGCCCAAGACAAGGCAAAUCAUUAUUAUCUCAAAGGCAAAAGGGACCCGCUGCUCUGUGGAAAUAGCAGUGAUGCAGGGCAGUGUCCAGAAGGCUACACCUGCAUGCGUAUCGGAAGGAACCCGGACUACGGCUACACAAGCUUUGACUCGUUUGGCUGGGCGUUUCUGUCGCUGUUCAGACUGAUGACACAAGAUUAUUGGGAAAAUCUCUACCAGCAGACCCUGCGAGCUGCUGGAAAGCCUUACAUGAUAUUUUUCGUGCUUGUCAUCUUCCUUGGCUCCUUCUACCUGAUCAACCUGAUCCUGGCUGUGGUGGCGAUGGCCUAUGAGGAGCAGUGCCAGGCCGCCAUCAAGGAGGCAAAGGAGAAGGAGGAGGAGUUCCAGGCCAUGCUUGAGGAGCUUAGGAGGCAGCAGGAGGACACGCAGGGAGCUGGACAGAGCGCGGAGAUGAGUGAGAAAGGUGCUGAGACGUUCUCGGGCAACUCCAAGCUCAGCUCCAAAUCGGCUAAAGAGCGACACAACAGGCGACGGAAAAGGAAAGAAGAAGGGGGGAAAGUGAUUCCUGUGGACGCAAACAAUCUCAACUACGACAUGAAAUUCUCACCAGCUCAUCAGUCCAUUCUGAGUUUUCGGGGACCCCUGUUCUCCUCCAGACGGAACAGCCGGACCAGUGUUUUCAGUUUCCGAAGCCAUAAGCAAGACGGGGGCUCAGAAAAUGAGUUUGCUGAUGAUGAGAACAGCAUCUUUGAGGACAAUCCGAGUCGGAGAGGCUCUUUGCUCGUGACCCCAAGGUCAAAUCACCGCAGCAGCAGUUUAAGUCAGUGCAGCUUCUUCGCCCAUCCACUUUUCCUACCCAAUGGCAUCAAGCACAGUUCUGUAGACCGCAACGGAGUGGUGACCCCUUUGGGCGUGACUUCACUGCCCUCCUCACCGGUCGGUCUCCUUCUGCCUAAAGUGACAGUAGAUGCGGCCUCUACUGGAGAGAACGCCGACACCACUGAGACGGAUGAGCGGCAGCAAGGAACAUACCUGGACUCCAUGGACUUUCUUGAAGGCCCUGCAGGUAGAGACAGAAGUCACAGUGUUGUCAGCGCUAUAACCAGCACCAUGGAAGAACUUGAGGAGUCGCGGAAGAAAUGCCCCCACUGCUGGUCCAAUUUCUCCCAAAACUUCCUUAUUUGGGAUUGUUGCCCUGCAUGGCUGAGGUUCAAGGAGGUGGUGAAACUGAUCGUGAUGGAUCCGUUUGUGGACUUGACCAUUACGAUUUGCAUCGUGCUCAACACGCUCUUCAUGGCGCUGGAGCAUCACCCGAUGGAUGAAACAUUCCAAAGUGUUUUGGCGACAGGCAACAUUGUGUUCACCGCCAUCUUUACGGCUGAGAUGGUUCUUAAAAUCAUCGCUCUGCACCCGUACUAUUACUUCAAAGAGGGGUGGAACAUUUUUGAUGGUGUUAUUGUGACCUUGAGCUUGUUCGAGCUUUGCCUGGCGAAGGUGCUUGGAAUGUCUUUCAUGAGGUCCUUCAGAUUGCUGAGGGUGUUCAAGCUGGCCAAAUCCUGGCCCACUCUCAACACACUCAUCAAGAUCAUUGGGAACUCUGUCGGGGCCCUGGGGAACCUGACUCUGGUGCUGGCUAUCAUCGUGUUCAUCUUCGCUGUGGUGGGGAUGCAGCUCUUUGGAAAGAACUACAAGGAAUGUGUGUGCAAGAUCUCCGCUGACUGCACUCUGCCACGCUGGCACAUGAACGACUUCUUCCACUCCUUCCUGAUUGUGUUCCGGGUGCUUUGUGGCGAGUGGAUCGAGACCAUGUGGGACUGUAUGGAGGUGUCUGGACCUGCCUUGUGCAUCAUUGUCUACAUGAUGGUCAUGGUCAUCGGAAAUUUGGUGCUGCUGAACCUCUUCCUGGCCUUGCUGCUGAGCUCUUUCAGUGCGGACAACCUGAUGGCAAACGAAGAAGAAACGGAGGUCAAUAACAUGCAGUUGGCCUUGGAGAGAAUCUACCGCGGCCUGGCUUUCAUCAAGUCCAUGCUGCGGAGCGUCUGCAACAGUGUUUGUCUGAAGAAGACUAAAGACAAAGGUAGCGAAGACAAGUCCCUGGAGGAGCUCCAUAAACCAUUAGGGCCGAACGGCGUUCCCAAUCAUUCCAUUAAGGACUUUGCAAAAAAUGGAAAUGGAGACGUGAAAGGAGUGGACAAGAACGGUGACAAGUAUAUCGUCAGCAGCAAGAGCGAUGACUCCAUCAUGUCUUUCAUCAACAAUCCCAGUGUGACGGUCACCGUCCCCAUCGCUGUCGGAGAGUCGGACUUCGAGAACCUCAACACUGAAGACUUCAGUAGCCUCUCAUCAGACGCACUUGGAUGUCGUGUGACUGUGGAAGACGAGGUCAGCUCCUCCGAAGGAAGCACCGUGGAUUUCGGUGAAGGUGGGGAGGGAGGAGAAUCACUGGACUUUGAGUUAGAAGACACGAUGGAUCCUGAAGCCUGUUUCCCUGAAUCCUGCGUGAACAAGUUCAAGUGCUGUCAAGUCAAUGUGGAUGUUGGCUGGUGGAAAGUCUGGUGGACCAUACGGAAAACCUGUUUCCGCAUCGUGGAGCACAACUGGUUUGAAAGCUUCAUCGUCUUCAUGAUCCUGCUCAGCAGUGGCGCUCUCGCAUUUGAGGACGUCUACAUCGAGCAGAGGAAGGCGAUUAAAACAAUGUUGGAGUUUGCAGACAAAAUCUUCACCUACAUUUUCAUUCUUGAGAUGAUUCUCAAGUGGGUGGCGUAUGGCUUCGCCAAGUAUUUCACCAACGCCUGGUGCUGGCUGGAUUUCCUAAUUGUUGAUGUUUCGCUGGUGAGUCUGGUGGCCAACGCCAUUGGCUAUUCAGACCUUGGUGCCAUAAAAUCUUUAAGGACUUUAAGAGCUCUGAGGCCACUGAGAGCUCUGUCGAGAUUUGAGGGGAUGAGGGUUGUGGUCAAUGCCCUGCUGGGAGCCAUUCCCUCCAUCUUCAAUGUGUUGUUGGUGUGCCUUAUCUUCUGGCUCAUCUUUAGCAUCAUGGGGGUCAACUUGUUUGCUGGAAAGUACUACCGUUGCAUCAACCCAGCAAAUGAUGAGAUAUACCUUCCAAGUCAAGUCAAAAAUAGAUCACAAUGUGACGCUUUGGGCAAAGAUGGUCGCUGGAAGAAUAUCAAAAUCAACUUUGACAAUGUUGGACUGGGUUACGUCGCAUUACUGCAAGUGGCCACAUUCAAAGGCUGGAUGGACAUCAUGUAUGCUGCUGUGGACUCUCAAAGCAAGCUGGACGAUCAGCCAGAGUAUGAGAUCAACCUGAGAAUGUACAUGUACUUUGUCGUUUUCAUCAUAUUUGGAGCUUUUUUCACGCUCAAUCUCUUCAUUGGUGUCAUCAUUGACAACUUCAAUCAGCAAAAAAGAAAGUUAGGUGGUCAAGAUAUAUUCAUGACUGAGGAACAGAAGAAAUACUACAAUGCCAUGAAGAAGCUGGGUUCAAAAAAGCCGCAGAAGCCGAUUCCACGACCCUCUAAUAUGAUCCAAGGAUACAUCUUUGACAUCACGACCAAGCAAGCUUUCGACAUCCUGAUCAUGGUUCUCAUAUGGCUCAACAUGGUGGCGAUGAUGGUGGAAACAGCAGACCAGACAAAAGACAAAGACAACAUUCUCUGGUGGGUCAACAUGAUCUUCAUCGUCCUGUUCACUGGCGAGUGUCUGCUGAAGAUGAUCGCACUGCGACACUAUUAUUUCACAAAUGGCUGGAACGUGUUCGAUUUCAUCGUUGUCAUCCUCUCAAUCAUUGGUAUGUGCCUUUCCGACAUAAUCAAGAAGUACUUUGUAUCACCGACUUUGUUCAGAGUCAUCCGUCUGGCUCGUAUAGGACGCGUCCUCCGCCUUAUCAAAAGCGCAAAAGGAAUCCGCACGCUCCUCUUUGCCUUGAUGAUGUCACUUCCUGCCUUGUUUAAUAUUGGACUCCUGCUUUUCCUAGUCAUGUUCAUCUACGCCAUCUUUGGCAUGUCCUACUUUGCCUACGUCAAAAAGGAAGCAGGCAUCGAUGACCUCUUCAACUUUGAGACUUUUGGCAACAGCAUGAUCUGUUUGUUCCAGAUCACUACCUCGGGAGGGUGGGAUCUCUUAUUGGCUCCGAUUCUAAAUAAAAAUGAAAGCGACUGUGACAACACUAAAGAGCACCCAGGAAGUACCGUUGUUGGAGAUUGUGGAAAUCCUACGGUUGGAAUUGCCUUCUUUGUGAGCUACAUCAUCAUCUGCUUUCUCAUCGUGGUGAAUAUGUACAUUGCAGUUAUCCUGGAGAACUUCGGUGUAGCCACAGAGGAGAGCGCAGAUCCACUAAGUGAGGAUGAUUUUGAGAUGUUUUACUCUGUUUGGGAGAGGUUUGAUCCUCAUGCCACACAGUUCAUGGAGUACAAUAAACUGUCAGAGUUUGCUGAUGCUCUGGAUCCACCGCUACGCAUCCCCAAACCCAACAAAUUUGAGCUGAUGUCCAUGGAUAUGCCUAUGGUCAGUGGUGAACGCAUUCACUGCUUGGACAUCCUGUUUGCAUUCACCAAGCGAGUUCUCGGAGAAGGAGGAGAAAUGGAUAUUCUGCGGGAGCAAAUGGAGGAGCGUUUCAUGGCCUCAAAUCCCUCCAAGGUUUCCUAUGAGCCCAUCACCACCACGCUCCGGCGCAAGCAGGAAGAAACGUCGGCUAUGGUUAUCCAAAGAGCAUAUCGAGAGUAUGCCAAAAGACAAGGUGUGACUUCAGGCUCAGACAUAUUCGUAGGAGACAUUCAGAAGGACGAUGGCAUCAUUGAAAAGGAGGAAAUACUCAGUGAGAUUUCGAGCUCAGACAAAAAAGUCCUCUCACCGUCGCCAUCGCCUGCGAACAGCGUGACGGCAAAUGGGAACGACAAAUACGAAAAAGACAAAAGUGAAAAAGAGGUGAUGGGCAAAGAGGAAAACUCAUAAGGGGACAUUGUUGGUGCCACAAAGACGUUUUAAUGAAUGACAAAAUGUUUACAAAAGGCUUUCUCUGAAAAACUCACUGGGUUGUCUAUACCCAAAGGCCAAGCAUAUAAAAGACUUUGUGUGGUUUGUUCUGUUGUAACGGAACUGUUUUAUUUGAAUGCUCUCAAACACAGGUUUUGUCAUUCAUAGUGACAUUUCCACGAGUGUUCCAAAGCUUUAACUUCCACUGCAGCUCGUUCUGCUCUCCAGUGUCUUGACAUACUCUUAUAUCACUGUUGUAUUCAUUUCACUCAAAUGCUGAAGUGUUUAAGGUUGAUUACUGCACAAUCCAUAGCAUGGUUGUUUGUCUUUUAUAAGAUCUUUUUUUAACAUGGUACAAGGCUCACAGCUUCAGGGGAAACCUUUCUAUCCCCUGUAAAGUUUGUCUUGUCGAUGAUAGCACUUAGAAUACUUGAAAAAUCUAAAUGACUGAGAUGCUGCAGUUAACUGGCAUGUAGGAAUGUUUUUUCUGUUUUUCAUCAGUGUCUCUCUGCCAUCUUCGUGGUGUCUUCACUAUAUGUAGGGUGAUCAUUUGCUGAGCACGACUAGCCUACGGUCCAGCUGAGUGUGGCUUGACUUUAUGUUGAUUUAUCUGUCUACGGAUUGGACGCCUCAACCACACCACAACUCCUAUGUUCCAUCGUUUGCUUCUCUUUAGACAGCAGUAAACUCUAUUACAAACUCACUAUAUUGUUCGAGCAUUCAUGAGAGACUCUUAGAUUUAAGGACUAUUUCAAGUGGUUUCCUGAAUGGAAGCAAAAUGGUUGAUGAUUUAUAGCUUGUUUGAAUUUGAAAUUAAGCAUUGCUUUCAUAGUUAGGUGUCAAGGUCCCAAAACAGCCCUGAAAGCUAGGAAGAGGUGGUGGGUCUGUAGUUUGAUUUUUCCAAUCCAUACUACUGUCGCAACACUUUCUGACUUCCAAGGCAUCAAAUAGUGACUAUUUUCAGGUGACUUUUGCGGCCUAUGUUGGCACAAAGUCAGCCUUCACCAUUGCAUGUUGAUGCGCUAGGCUUUCAAUUGCAAGACAUGUUCCGCCUUCUGCGGCAUAUACUGAUGCCAUGGGUGGGACAUCUGGUAAAGGAAAGGUGGAGGUUAAGGUUAGGCCCCUUUGGUUCGGUAUGUGUCACUUGGUAUAGAAGGCAUUGUGAGUUCCAGUCAUGGUAAGGGGGAGAGAACCAUAAGAUGACAUACGCUGAUGUAGGUAAUAUAACAUAGAAAGCUUCCAAUCUCCCCCACGUAUCCAAAACCCCUUAGCUUGGACACAGUUUUUACUCCAUUGAUACACCUGAGUGUCAACAUGUAACAUGUAAGGUUGACUCAAUAUGAUGCAAAAGUCAGUUGAAGAUUGUUGUUCGACGCCUUAGGAGUGAGGAUGAGUUGUCCCUGGAGAAGUUCCCCAGCAUAUCUCUCCUACUAUUGCAGGGAGCAUUUUCAUGCAUGCCAUGCCAGACCUUUGCUCCCCCACUAUUCACUUUACUCUUCCACCUUGCUUCAUCUGGUGCCCCACAUGUUUGUGUCUCUGCUAAGAUCAUAAAGAAAUACAAGUGGUCAAAAUCAUUAUUGCCGAAUUUACAAUAUGGCUGUCAUCAAAGCAGCAUUGGAUAGGGUUGACUUAAGUGUCCAGUAAAUUAUGGUGGAUUCUUGUUGCAUUCACAUGGGGUCACGUUGAACACUCAUUUCCUGGAUCUCCUAAGCUGGUCUGCUGCUUGUACCCCAAUAACACACUGACAUUGUGUUCUCUCGACUACUCGCUAACUCAUUUUCUGAACGUCUGAAAGUCUUUUUUGGGGGGAUUUUUUCCGACAUAACCAUGGAGAAAGAUUCACUCCUCGAAUGAGGACACCAACUCAAAGCAGUUGUGGGAGACCUUGGACUGUAUGACAGUUGGAAAAGGCCCCAGUUAUCUUUGUAUUGUGUGUCCAAAUUCAGAGGAUAGUAUGAUCCACAGCUGCAUGUUUGGCAAUCCAAAGCUGAUAUGGAGUGGAGUUGGAAUCAGUGACAGUCAAUAGGACAGUUCUGUCACCCCACGGUGUAUUUUAAGUGUCACUAAGUGUGCUUUCUAACUAACAUGGUUAACCUCUGGCAAGUGUUGCCAUCUAGAUGACAACCUGUCCACCAAAUUGUGGAUCAGUUGUCAGUCAGAAACAACAGCCAUAUAAAAGCCUAUUUCUUCCAACUUUACUGAACUGUUCUCUGACAAUGUAUCUUUUUUUGGGGGAUGUUGGCAAGGCAUUUUUGAAGAAUGUCUCUCGCUGCUGGCUGCUUCUGCUUCAUUUGAGUAAAUAUCUGUUUCAAAAAAAUAUCAUUAUUUUUAGAGUCAUAAAGAUGUGUGAUCGGGCAUCAGCAGGACUUUUGUUCAUUUCUCAUUUUGAUAUCAAAAUGUUGUUUUGAGACCAUAUUGUCUGAGCUGCCCUAUUUGUGUGUGUGUUUCUUUUUUUAUUUCCACAACCAGUUUUUGAAAACCUCAGUCUUUGUUAAAUAUCAAAUUGGAAAAAGCAAUGCCGCAGAAUUAUUUGAGUGCUCGUACCAAGGACGUGGCGUUGCACCUCGAAUGUGACCUCAACCGUUUCAACUCACUUUAGAAUGCUUCAUGUGACUUUUGUGUAACACAUGCAUCUCUUUGUCGAUGUUGUUGAGGAUAGUUCUAUUUAAAAAAAAAGAAGUAUAUUUUGCAUGUAAUUAAAAUGUUCAAUACUCACAUGAUGCGUAUACAUAAUGAAUGUUUUGGUUACACAGACAUCAUCUUGGAAUGUAUAAUUCAAGUGCAUGCAAGACACAGCUUAACGCCAUUUCACUGAAAAGCCAAAAGAAU